GGUCAGAGGCCAUGGGCCUCGCUGGGAGUUCUGUCUCACAGUAUUGCACGAGGGGACCCAACUCAGUCAAAAUGCUCCACUGGCCACAUUUCUCAAGGUCGCCACUCACACGCCUUUAGAAACAGGAAGCCUGUCCCUUGCCUCCUCCAAGCAGAAGAUGUCUCAGCAGUUCCAAGGUGCUCAGGAGCUUUCAAGAGUCACCUUCAUGGUGAGAUGGUGAGUUUGUCACACAUGAGCUGGUUUCUUACCGGAUCUGUCUCUGCAUGGGAGCUGGCGUCCUGUCGCUCUUCUUGAGACUGAGGUUGCCACAUCCAGGAAUGCUCAGGGCAAACUCGUCUGUGGGGACACCAAACCCACCCCCACUGCCAAGUCUCCACCCUGGCCCCUGGCCCCUGCCAGGACCCCCUACCACACCAUGAGGGUCCUCUGGUAGGCCUUGCGGGAGCGACACGGGGCAGUGAGAAGAUUCUGGCUUCUGGACAGCCGUGGGUCAUGAGCUUCCCUGGAAAAGGGAUGGGUGCCUAGAGAUGACGCCAGGGUCUCUGCCCCAUGGGCUGACUAGAAAGGGGAAGUGGUCAGGAUGGGGCUCACUGUCUCUAGCAGUGGGUGAAGGCCUGUGAGUGAGGAAUGCCUCUCACCAGCUGUGCCUGAGCUACAGCACUCCAGCCACUGCUGUCUCCUUAGCUGCUCACAUAUGGAUACUUUCACAGUUCAGGAUUCCACUGCAAUGAGCUGGUGGAGGAAUAAUUUCUGGAUCAUCUUAGCUGUGGCCAUCAUCGUUGUCUCUGUGGGCCUGGGCCUCAUCCUGUACUGUGUCUGUAAGUGGCAGCUUAGACGAGGCAAGAAAUGGGCAAUUGCCAAGCCCCUGAAACACAAGCAAGUAGAUGAAGAAAAGAUGUAUGAGAAUGUUCUUAAUGAGUCGCCAGUUCAAUUACCGCCUCUGCCACCGAGGAAUUGGCCUUCUCUAGAAGACUCUUAUGGAGUCUUGCUCUGUCACCCAGGCUGGAGUGCAAUGGCACGAUCUCGGCUCACUGCAAGCUCCGCCUCCCGGGUUCAUGCCAUUCUCCUGCCUCAGCCUCCGGAGUAGCUGGGACUACAGGCGCCCACCACCACACCCAGCUAAUUUUUUGUAUUUUUAGUAGAGACGGAGUUUCACCGCAUUAGCCAGGAUGGUCUCGAUCUCCUGACCUCGUGAUCCACCAGCCUCGGCCUCCCAAAGUGCUGGGAUUACAAGCGUGAGCCACUUUUUUUUUUUUUUUUUUUUUGAGAUGGAGUCUCGCUCUGUCCCCCAGGCUGGAAUGCAGUGGCGCGAUCUCCACUCACGGCAAGCUCCGCCUCCCAGGUUCACACCAUUCUCCCACCUCAGCCUCCUGAGUAGCUGGGACUACAGGCGCCCACCACCAGGCCUGGCUAAUUUUUUGUAUUUUUAAUAGAGACGGGGUUUCACCAUGUUAGCCAGGAUGGUCUAAAUUUCCUGACCUCAUGAUCUGAACACCUCGGCCUCCCGAAGUGCUGGGAUUACAGGUGUGAGACACCACGCCUGUCCCCUAUCAAGGUGUCUUAGAUAGCUCAGGCUGCUGUAACAAAAAUACCAUAGACUGGGAUGCUUACACCACAGAAAUUUGUUUUCUCGUUGUUCUGAAGCUGGAAGCCCGAGAUGAGGGUGCUGGCCGAUUUCUGUGAGGUUUCUGGUGAGGGUUCUCCUCCUGGCUUGCAGACAGCUGCCUUCUCGCUAUGUCCCCACAAAUGGCCUUUCCUUGGUGCAUUCAAGCUGGGGAAGAGCAUCAGGGAGUCAGAUUUCUCGUGUUUCUUCUUACAAGGACACUGAUCCUGUUGGAUCAAGGCCUCAUCACUAUGGCCACAUAUAGCCUCAUUGGGGGUUAAGGCUUGAACACCUGAAUUUUGGGGGGACACAAACAUUCAGUCUGUAACACUAGGAUUUAUAGAUGCAGCAUCCUGAUUAUUUUAUUUUUGAGGCAGAGUCUUGGUUUCUCGCCCAGGCUGGAGUGCAGUGGCAUGAUUUCAGCUCACUGCAAUCUCCACUUCCUAGGUUCAAGCUAUUUUCCUGCCUCAGCCUCCUGAGUAACUGGGAUUAUAGGCGUGCACCACCACACCCAGCUAAUUUUUUGUAUGUUUAGUAGAGACGGGGUUUCACCAUAUUGACCAGGCUCGUCUUGAACUCCUGACCUCAAGUGAUCCACCCGCCUCGACCUCCCAAGGUGCUGGGAUUACAGGCAUGAGCCACCACACACAGCCAGCAUCCUGUUUAAAAGAGACAGCCAGAGGCCAGGCACAGCGGCGUAUGCUUGUAAUCCCAACACUUUGGAAGGCCAGGGCGGGCUGAUCACUUGAGCUCAGGAGUCUGAGAACAGCCUGGGCAACAUGGCAAAAUCCUAUCUUUACAAAAAUUAGCCAGCGUGAUGGUGCACACUUAUAGUCCCAGCUACUUGGAAGGCUGAGGUGGGGGGAUCGCUUGAGCCUGGGAGGUCUGCAGUGAGCCACGAUAGCAUCACUGCACCUGGAUGACAGAGUGAGACCCUGUCUCAAAAAAAAAAAAAAAAAGGGGGAUGGAAAAGCAAAAAGGGGGCAGCAUAAGUACCGACGCACCCAAUAGCCUGAUAUAAGGGUGUAAAUUCAUGUUCAAAUCCCAGCUUGGAACAUAAACAGAAAGAAACAUGGGGUGUCACUAGGCCUUUCACUUCCUAUCAGAAAAACUCUGCCUGGUUCCUUUGACUGGAAUGUUCUUCCUUAAGCUCUUUGCCUCGCUGGAUUUUUCUCAUCCUUCAGAUGUCAGCUCAAAAGUUACCACCUCAAAGAGGCCCUCUCUGUCCACUCAACCUAAAGUAGUUCUGCUAAUUUCCUUUAUGAAACUGACAGUUAUCCAAAAUUGUGUUAUUUACUUAUUGUUCAUUUAUGUAUUUUUGAUCUCCUCCACUGCAGUAUAAACUUCAGGAACACAGGAACCUUUUUUGUCCACCACUAUUAAUAUUUAUCCACUACCUAGAACAGGGCGUGAGGCUCAGUCGAUACUUAAGAAAAAUAUUUUGAUUGGAGUGAUAAAUAAUAUUAGCUAACACUUAUUGAGCGUGCGCUGUGUUUCAGGUCCCACACUAAGCACUUUACAGGUAUUAGCUCAUUCACUCCUCACAACUCUACAAGCCAGGUACAUUUUUUUUUUUUUUUUUUUUUUGAGACGGAGUCUCGCUCUGUCGCCCAGGCUGGAGUGCAGUGGCGCAAUCUCGGCUCACUGCAAGCUCCACCUCCCAAGUUCACGCCAUUGUCCUGCCUCAGCCUCCUGGGUAGCUGGGACUACAGGUGCCCACCACCAUGCCUGGCUAAUUUUUUGUAUUUUUAGUAGAGAUGGGGUUUCACCGUGUUAGCAAGGAUGAUCUCGAUCUCCUGACCUCGUGAUCCGCCCACCUCAGCCUCCCAAAGUGCUGGGAUUACAGGCGUGAGCCACCGCGCCCGGCCCAAGCCAGGUACAUUUUUAUUCCUCUUUGACAGAUGAGGAUGCUAAGGCACAGAUAAGUGACUUACCUAUAGUCACACAGCUAAUGACUGCUGGAACCUGAACAUGAACUCGGGUCUGUCAAACUGCAGAGUUCUGCAAAUAGUGGCAUUUCAGGUUUUCUUAGGAAAAGAUGAGAUUGUGGGAGAGGCAGUUCUAAUCCCCAUCAAAGAUGGAGCUGAGCUGUUUCAUCAUCCUUCUAUUACUUAUGGACCUGUUCUUUUUGUUUGUUUUUUGUUUCUUUUUCUUUCUUUUCUUUUUUUUUUUUUUUUGAGACAGAGUCUUGCUCUGUUGCCCAGGCUAGAGUGCAAUGGUGCAAUCUUGGCUCACUGCAACCUCUGCCACCUGGGUUCAAGCAAUUCUCCUGUCUCAACCUCCCGAGUUGCUGGGAUUAUAGGCACCCGCCAUCACGCCCAGCUAAUUUUUGUAUUUUUGUAGAGAGAGAGUUUCAUCAGGCUGGUCUUGAACUCCCGACCUCAGGUGAUCUGCCCACUUCAGCCUCCCAAAGUGCUGGGAUUACAGGCAUGAGCCACCGUGCCCCAGCCUCCUAUGAACCUGUUCUGUACUAAUUCCACCUUUUGAAAACAAUGCCAUCCCCUCUCUUCUUAGAGAGAUUUGUACAUAAGCAAUUACAGAGAGUCCUGGAAAACAGUGUAAGUCACUGGAAGGGAUGUGCCAAAAAGGAAAUAUGAUUUGUUUCACUUCCUUGUAAAAAUUAGGAUCUGUAACACAACAGCACUCAUAUGACUACUGGGCUCUGGUCUGUUUCUUUUCAUCCAUUCUUUUUUUUUUUUGGAGACAGGGUCUUACCAUGUUGUCCAGGCUGAAGUGCAGUAGCGUGAUCAUGGCUCGUUGUAGCCUCAACCUCCUGGGCUCAGGAGAUCCUCUUGCCUCAGCCUCCCAAUUAGCUGGGACUAUAGGCAUGCACCACCACAUCCGGCUAAUUUUUAAAUUUUUCUGUAGGGACGAGGGUCUCCCUGUGUUGCCCAAGCUGGUCUGGAACUCCUGGGCUCAAGUGAUCCUCCCACCUGGGCCUCCCAGAGUACUGGGACUACAGGUGUGAGCUUCUGCACCUGACCUGGUCUGUUUCUUUUCUAAGCUUUUGCUUCAUGGUUUCCAUGCAGUGCAGGCUUAGGCAGAAAGAUACGGGAGUCAAGAUGUCUGACUAAUAUUUUCCAUUUACUCACUUGGGUGAUCCUGAGGCUCUGUCAGGUCUGCGUCUACAUUUCCUCUGUAAAAUGGGGAUCUGGCCCACUAGAAGCGGGAAGAUCACUGAAACGUGAAAAUCACGCUGAGCCACUGCCUUCAAAAAUAUAAAAACACAUGACAGCUUUGCAUCUAAGGAGCUUUUUGUGUAUUCUAGCCCCACAGGAAACCCCAAGUCAGCCGCCUGCUACAUACUCAUUGGUAAAUAAAGUUAAAAAUAAGAAGACUGUUUCCAUCCCAAGCUACAUUGAGCCUGAAGAUGACUAUGACGAUGUUGAAAUCCCUGCAAAUACUGAAAAGCAUCAUUUUGAAACAGCCAUUUCUUCUUUUUGGCAAAACUGAAGAGGGUUCACACGACUUAUUUUAAAACAAUCAAGAAUGGUUGAACUUCAGUAGGUCUCUGGGCCCUGAAAGCCAGUGGUGAUUUUAUGAAGCUCUGUAAGAUAAAGCACUUCCCAAACCUUCGAUGAAGACACCCCUGCGAUCGGAUGACUGCAGCCCGAGGAGACACAUGGGUGCUCGGCUCUGAGGACUUAGAGGGGUCAGCCUUGUGCUGUUGAGGAAACUUUCCAUGGGAAGGACCAUGGGGCUCCAUGGCUCCCACCUGUGGGAAACUACUCAUUUCUUGGCAUUCUUUCCCCCUUCAUUCCCUUUGGUUUGCAUGGUUCUGAGUGAUAUUAAAUCUCAGCAUUUGGUUGUGCA